CCUGAGGCCUGAGGCGCGUGGGCGGUGGCGCAACACUUGACACCUCUGCAGCUGAAAUCGAUAUUGCUAUUCCACUGUCAUGUUGAGCCAUUGACCAGAGGCCCGAGCCCCGAGUCCCGAGCCCCGCGUAGGAGUCCGCCGCCGCGCUGCGGCCAUGUGAGAAGCUCAUCUCGCACUCUCCUCUCAAACACAACAACAACAACAACUCGCACCAUCGCUGGAGCCCCAAACCCCAAGCAGAAAGUAAAGAAUUCACUCAAGAAGAGCCCGAAGAGCAGGCAGGCAGGUUCGAAAUAACAUUUAGCAGAAAAUGGAGGGCCCGGAGCAGCAGGAAGUGAUGAUGCUGGAGGGCAGCGAAGAUCUGAUGUCCACGUCUGCAACCUCCACAAAUGGCAGCGACACAAACGGCUGUGGUGGCAGGAAAUCGUCCAUUACAUCGCCGGAUCCCACAUCGUAUGUGACCAAGGCGCGCGUAACGAAGCCCACGCCGCCGCCUCCAUCGAAGAAUCCCAUGCAGUUUGUCCAGAUCAAGCCGUGCAAUCUGUAUCAGACGGCCCAGCAGCAGCUGAAAAAGGCCGAGGAGGUCAAGAAGUUGAAGGAGGUGCAGAAAGAGGAGCCCGAGGAGUGGCAAAAUAACCUUGACAAUUGGAAGUCUUCAAGGCGAAAACGUGUCGAGCACAUCAUCGAUCGUGUGGUGGAAACGAAGAAGCUCGAGCUGGAGGAGCAUGAUCGGACGCGACGAAAAUCGAAGACGUUCACCGAGAUGAUGGAGGAGAGGGCCGAGCGCGGCGGAUCCCGGGCUCGUGUGAAGCUCGCCUCCCUGGCCGUCUACAACGAGGACGAGGCGAACGAUCUGAGUGACCUGGGCAUCGGCACCAGCAGUGCCAGCGGCAAGAGCAGUCUCUCCGAGGACUACGACAACAACAGUGUCAUGAGCGACAAUGCCGCCGAGCUGGACAAGGCCAUUGGAGGAGCUGGCUCUGGCUCUGGCUCUGGCGCUGCCUGUGCCUCUGGAGGAAGCGUGGAGGAGCAACAGAAUCACAUCAACAGCAACGGCAGCAAUGGAAACAGUGGAGCCAGCGGCCAGGCCACCACAUCGAAGGCGAAUGCAUCGAAAGCGGCCAGUGCGGGUGCCCUGCGGGAGUACAUCUCCUCGCCCGGCUACGACACAUCCUCGAGCACGGCGCCGGCCAGUUCGCCAGAUCCUUGCGAGUACACCUACGAGGGGGCGAUCCAGGACUACAAGCAGCGUGUCCAACGGGCCAGCAGCAAUGGCAAUGGCAACGGCAAUGCCAAUGGCAGUGCCAAUGGAAAGAUGAGCACAUCCCCAUCCUCGAACGGAGAGACGAUUGCCUACCCCACGCGACGGGGAUCGAAGAUCGAGGAUCGGCUGAGCGGCUUCGAAGUGACCUCGCCCAGCGACACCCAGGAGGGGGUGGAGAAGCAGAAGGUGGAUGUACCCAAGGUCGACAUAUCGAAGCGCAAGGAGAUUUUCGAGCAGGCCAAAUCGGGAGCAACAAAUGGUGCCGGAGUCGGAGUCGGAGCCGGGGCCCCGUCCGCUGCACCCAAGGUGGUGCUGCGCGAUCGCCUAACGAACGGCAACAGUGGAGCCUCCAAUGGCUCGAAGCCGCAGGCCAAGCAAGAGAUUAAGCGACUCUCCGGCGACAUUUCGAGCAUCCGGGAUCGGAUGCAGAGCCUGGAGCAGCAGCGGAACGCCUUCAACCACAGCAAGAGUGUGGAUGUGCCUGUGCCGCCGCUCAAGCAGCGGCUGAACAGCCUCCAGCAGUCCGUUACCAAAGAGGAUCAGCAGAAGAAGCCCCCCCUGGUGGCCCUCAUAGAUGCCCGCCAGCUGGAGAUAAUGCGGGGCGAGGAGGAGCGCAUGCGCCAACAACAGCAGCAGCAGCAGCAUCAGAGCCAGAACCAGAAGCAAAAGCAACAACAGACCCCAGUCGCUGCCCCUCCACCGCCAGCACUCGUCGUGGAGGAGGCCCCGGCCACAGCCGCAGGCACAGGCACCAACGAUGACAGCGGCAUUCAGGAGGACACCAACGAGGAGCUGCAGCAGCAGCAGCUCCAACUCAAUGCGGCCAUCGCCGCCUUGGCCAUCGAGGAGCGACAGCUGGAGGAGGCUGCCAACGCGGUCAACCAAAUCGAAGCGGAGUUCGAUGAGCUCACCGAUCUGAAUCCUUCUCCAUUGCCGCAUCAACAGCCGCAGCCGCAGCCACAGGUCCAAUCACCAUGUGCAGCAUCAGCUGCAGCUCCCGCUCCAGCACCAUCCGCAGCCUCGACCCAAGCGGCAGCUCCUCCAUUGCGGGACAUGGAAUUUAGUAUCAACGAAGCUCUUGAAUUGGCGCUAGAAGCAAUCGAUCGAGAAGCCACCACCAGCACUGUCACCAGCAGGAAAAUGGAAAAGCCCCAACAACAGCAGGAGUGUGAGGAGCAAGCGGAGGAGGAUGUGCAGGAGGAGCAGUUGGAGCAAGAGGUGGAAGAGCAGCGUCACCAACAGCAGCAGCAGGAGGAGGAGGAGGAGGAGGAGAUCGAUCCAAGGGAGGAGGAGGUGGAGGGGGAGACCACAACAGAGAUGCCAAAUAAAACCGAUGAGCAGAAGAGGAAGGAAGAGCGGGGAGAACGGGAGCCCAUCUACGAGAAUGUCAGCUCGACUAUAUCUAUGCAUGAAGUAGAUAAUGAACAGAUAGCAACGAUGACGAUAUCCACACAGAUACAGACACAGAUACAAACACAGACACCGAUACAGGGCACACAAGCCUCGACGAGGAGGAGUCACAGGAGAAGCAUUCCAAAUAAACAAACGAGUAACAGUAACAAUAACGAGAAUAAUCAGAAUACUAAUCAAAACAGCAACAGCAACGGCAACAGCAAUCAAAACGAGAACAGCAUCGGCGGAACAGCGGCACCAUCAUCCGAUCCAGAGCCCUACUAUCAAGUGCCCAAGGCAACGGAGCCCUACUACGAUGCCCCCAAGCAUCUGCGUCCCAUUCCGGUGUACGAGAACAUCGACAUCUUCUACACGGGCCUGGAGCUCAGCCAGAUCUCGGGGACCAUGCCGGUGGGAUCGAUGGAGCCGCCCAAAGAGAAGCCACCGCCGCCACCCACCGAGAGUCCGCCGCCAGUGCCCGUGGACGACGCCUCGCUGGGCCACGACGACGAGCUGGAUGGCCUGGGCAGCAGUCUGGGCCACAACACGGACACCUGGUCGUCGGACAACACGUACGAGACCAUCUCGAACGGGACGCGUCGUCAUAUGCAGUCGUCGCAGCUGGAGCCGGCCCAGCCCUCGCCGCCGAUCAAGCGCAUGAACUCCACGAAGCGGAUCAAGAAGGAGCUGCGCAACAAGCGGUCCAGCUUCCUGGGCAUCGAGACGGACGGAGAUCUGGACGAUGUGGAGAGCUACCUGGAGCUGACCGUGGCCCCGCCGCCGGACAUGGCGCAGCUCCUGCAGGAGGAGCGCCGCCUCGAGAAGCAGCUGUACAUCAAGGCGGGACUCUGUGAUAGUUCCGAUACAGGAGAUAGCCGCGAUUCUGGAGUGUCAGAGAAUCAUUCCCGCCAGAGCAGCGAGCACUACACCAACUCCUCGGAGGAGAAUGACACCCAGUCGGAGGCGACGCCGCCGCCGCUGCCGCCUCCACCAGUGUCGGGGCUGGGGGGCGAGAUUAUCUACCAGAAUGAGACCCUCCUGGCGGCCCAGACGCCACUGCUGCAGACGGUGAAGGGAAACUCGGCCGAGUCCUGGACAGAAUCGGCAACGGCGGCGGCCGCGGCCACACAAUCGCUGAGCGAAGCCACGGCGACGGCCAAUGCCAAGAUGCAGUCCAUCGAGGAGAAGAUACGAGAGCAGGGGGAAGUGCUGCGCGUGGAGCGGGAAUUAUUGCACUUUUCGCAGGAGGAACUAAAGCGACAGCGGGAGAACCUUUUGCUGCGCGAGAAUAUAGCGCGUCGGGAGCUGCAGCACGGGGCCAAGAUGCUGAUGUCGAACAACCGUCGCUCGCUCCAGGACCUCCACCAUGGCCUGGGCAUCGGCAACGGCAUGCUGAGCGCUUUCCAGCCGCCACAGCACCAACAGCAGCCACAGCAGCAGCUGCAUCCACAUCAACCGCAUCCCCAGCAGAUCUACGCCAACGUGCCACAACAGCAGCAGCAACAGCAGCAACAGCAGCAACAGCAGCAGCAGGUGGCGGCGAUGUAUGCGUAUCAGCAGAUGGACACGGACUACCGCAAGUCAAUGUCGGACCUGAACGAGUUCUCCAGCCGGCUGAUGCUGGCGCCGCCGAAACCUCCCACGAAACCACUGCGGGCGAUGCACAUAGGCAACGGACAUGGCCUGGAGCCGGACUAUGCUGUUAGCACGCGGCAGCGCCAGAGCUCCGCCAAUGCCUAUGGCGGCUCGCUGGUGAAGAUUGCCGGUGCCCCGAUGCCGCCACGCCACUCUGGCUCCGGGUAUCCACCAGCCGUCACAGCCUCAGCGGCAGCCGCCUACCAUCAUCAGUCUGCCCAGAAUCUGAGCAACAUGUCGAGGAACACACUCCUCGCCCUGAGUGCCACUCCCAAGCCCAAGUACACCGAUGGCUGGGUGCAAGUGCAGCAGCGCAAGAGCUACGACAGCAACCUGGCCAAUGAUCCGGCCUGGCUGUCCGCACAGCAGCAGAAGCGCAAGUCCAUGCCCGACUACAAUGGGGCCAUCUACAACAACAACCAUUGGUUGCUCCAGGAAGCGGAACAGCGACGCAUCGAGCAGCUCAACAGGAGAUCGAUGCCUGGCAUCAAAUCGAAUGGCAAGCCCCUGCCCGACUCCAUCAUCCAAACGCUGACGGAGCGGGUUCAGAGCAAGGGCAUUGGAGAACGCAAACGGUUCGAUGGCAAUGGCAAUUAUAGCCAAGUCAAUGGCAAUACCAAUGGCUACCAGCAGCAGCAGCAGAAGCAGUCCAUCAUCAGCAGCAAUAAAUCCACCGCCACUAACACCAUCAGCACGAACAACACCAGCAACACCAACAGCGGCAGCCAGGAGAAGGUGCUCAGCGUCAGUGGAAAGAAGAAGUGCUCUCAUUGCGGCGACGAAUUAGGUCGCGGUGCUGCCAUGAUCAUUGAAUCGCUGCUGCUGUUCUAUCACAUCAACUGCUUCAAGUGCUGCGUCUGCCACGUGCAGCUGGGCGACGGACUCAAUGGGACGGACGUGCGGGUGCGCAACCACAAGCUUCAUUGCCAGAACUGUUACUCCAGCGACGACGGCAUCAAGUUUAGCUGCGUUUAGGCCAAGUCCCAAGUACCGGGGAGGAACGGGAGUGGGAAGGGGCCGUGCCUGGACUAUAGGAUGAUUGUUGUUCUUGUUCUUGUUGCUAUUGCAACAUUGAUUGUUGUUGUUGUACUAUUACUAGGAACUAAUUAAUGACCUAAUUCGUAUGUUCAUAUAUACAUAUAUCCAUGUUGAGAACAAAGUCAAAUACAGAAUACAAAAAUGUUUCAGAAUAAUGUUAAUUGCAUCCGUAAUAAGUACGAAAUUUUUUGAAUGUC